CACAGUCACAGACACAGAGCAGCACACACGCACACACGUCGGCAUAACGGAGCCUAGCUGGCUGCUGCUCGCCUCCUCCCCCCCUGCGCGCCUCGUGCUGCUCCGGCUCUCUCGCUUGCUUGCGCGCGCUCCCGCACAUGCACACAGAACCGCGCGGGGUCCGCUUCUCUUCAGAGGGUUGCUGGCGCCGCCGCCGCCGCCGCUGCAGUCGUCUUUAACCUCCCCCCUCCCUAAGUUACUACAUUCUGGAGCUUCCCCCACUCUCCAGAGCUUCGUGAAGGAGGACUCCCCUCCUCAACCUCAUCAAGUAUCUUUUUUUCUUUAAAAAAAGAAAGAAACAUUUUUUUGGUGUGUGUGUGUGGCAGCUUCUGUGAGCGCCUCCUGGGGCUCCCAAGGAUUUUCAAGGAAGCAGCUAUGAAGAGGAAACUGAUGUUUUACAUGAUGCAGUUGGUUCUUCUCAUUUUCUUGGUGUGUUUUUCUGCAAGAUCAGUGUCAGCUGACUCUGCUGAGGAUGAAGCGAAAAAUAAUAUCACCAUCUUUACAAGAAUUCUAGACAGACUCCUGGAUGGUUAUGAUAAUCGCCUGAGACCUGGACUGGGAGACAGUACUACCGAAGUCUUCACAAACAUCUAUGUGACCAGUUUUGGGCCAGUUUCGGACACAGAUAUGGAGUACACAAUAGAUGUUUUCUUCCGCCAAAAAUGGAAAGAUGAAAGAUUAAAAUUUAAGGGUCCGAUGAACAUUCUCCGACUAAACAAUUUAAUGGCCAGCAAAAUCUGGACUCCAGAUACAUUUUUUCAUAAUGGAAAAAAAUCAGUAGCUCAUAACAUGACCAUGCCAAACAAGCUACUACGAAUCCAAGAUGAUGGAACUCUCCUAUAUACCAUGAGGCUUACAGUCCAGGCUGAAUGUCCGAUGCACUUAGAAGACUUCCCUAUGGAUGCUCACUCAUGCCCAUUGAAAUUUGGCAGCUAUGCAUACACAACUUCAGAAGUGACCUACAAGUGGACUUUCAAUGCAUCUAAUUCUGUAGAAGUGGCCCCAGAUGGCUCAAGGUUGAAUCAGUAUGAUCUCUUAGGUCAAACAAUUGGACAAGAAACAGCCAAAUCUAGUACAGGUGAAUACACUGUAAUGACAGCUCAUUUUCAUUUGAAGAGGAAGAUUGGUUAUUUUGUGAUUCAGACUUACCUUCCCUGCAUCAUGACAGUCAUCCUGUCCCAGGUGUCAUUCUGGCUAAACAGAGAAUCUGUCCCAGCAAGGACAGUUUUUGGAGUGACAACUGUACUAACAAUGACAACUUUAAGCAUCAGUGCUCGAAACUCCCUGCCCAAAGUUGCCUAUGCUACAGCUAUGGACUGGUUUAUUGCUGUUUGUUAUGCAUUUGUAUUCUCUGCCUUGAUAGAAUUUGCCACUGUAAAUUACUUCACAAAAAGAGGAUGGGCAUGGGAUGGAAAAAGUGUAGUCAAUGAUAAGAAAAAAGAAAAGGCAUCUGUCAUUAAGAAAAACAAUGCUUAUGCAGUGGCGGUUGCCAAUUAUGCCCCAAAUAUCACCAAAGACUCGGCUCUCCCUACAAUCUCCAAGAGUGCUACCGCCACCACCACGACCACCGCUUCAGAACCUAACAAGGCAAAGCCAGAAGCCAAGCCAGCAGAAGCAAAGAAAACCUUCAACAGUGUUAGUAAAAUUGACAGGAUGUCAAGAAUAGUUUUUCCAGUCUUAUUUGGUUCUUUCAACUUGGUAUACUGGGCAACAUAUCUAAACAGGGAACCUGUUUUACAUGGAUUUGCUCCAUCACACUAAAAUUUUAAUUCUCUGCUGAGGGUGUAUGGCAUCAUUAUAAUCAGAUUGUUUUCCUAUGUACAGUACGACUAAUAACUGCUAAUCUGUGAACCAAUAUGUACAGAAUGUAUAUAGGUAUCUAGUCUGUUUAUCUCCAAAGGAGGUGCACAAAGUAUAUUCAUGGGAUCUGAAAAAUACAGAUGGCACCCAUGGCCAAAAUAGUCUGCUCUCCUAUCCAUGUGAGUUCUCCUAAACUUGGAUUCAAAUAUGCUGAAUUAUAUCCAUACAAUCAUAUAUGGUCCUACAUAACUAUUUAGUAACACUAUUUUUUUAAUUUAAAGUUUAAGAUAUUUUUCUAUAAAAUGACUGAUUCUACUUUAAUGCAAAGAAGCUAUCGUUUAAAAGAGAGAGAUUUUUUUAAACAAAUAAUCUUAAAUAAUUUCUUACAGUAGCAGUGCCCAUGUAAAUAUUAUAGAAGUGUGGCAAGCUCAAGUAUUCUCUUAUUAGCAAUCAUCACAAAUGCAAGUUAUGUGUAAAAGCUAUUGGAAUGUCAGGGUUAAUAAUUUCCUACUUUUAGUCGGGCUUUGGAGUUAGUGAUUAAAGUCUAGUUCUGUGGUGUGUUCAGAGCUCUCCUAUUGGAGCAAAAGGACUGGGCAAGAGGGUUCCUCUGUAAGUGUAAGGAAGAAAUAGGUUUCUUGUUAGCUCAAGUUCCCUGAGAGCAGGGCAAUAUUCUGCUGCUCCAGCAAGAGCCCCUUUUCUUUCUGCACUUCCAGCAGUGCUGUUAAAAAUGCAGAUAAUGCAGGAGGCUUUGGGAUCAAAGGAGUGGAGGCCAGUCCUACCAGCUGCACUACAUUGCAACAGAAAUCAAUAAUGUGCAUUGGAAACAGCUGUGCUAUACCAAAGUGAACCACAUAAACUUUCUCACUCUUGAUUAUCAAAACUAUUUGUUUAUCCCAUAUUUUAUAUAUAGAUUCUUCAAUCCCAGUGAAUUUGGAUUAUGUGUCUUUCAAAUAUGAUUUACAUUUUUGCUUGACUUAUCAGAGAUAUCUUCUAUAGAGAGUUCCUAUAGAGUGCUCCUUAUAUAGCACUCUUGUGAGCAUUUCACUCCUUAAAAAGCUUAUGUAGAUAUAUAGAGGAAGGAGAGUUUGUCUUUCAAGAUGGGAUGUUUCUGUUUUUGCUACAAUGGGAUAAAAGAAGUUACUUCCAAAUGCAUGUUCAGAAUCAGGGGUGUUAAUAAUGGAUAGUAAAAUGAGUUGAUUUUUUUUUCAAUGAGAUUUUUUUUUAAAGCAAGAGAACCAUCAUUUUCAACUGUUAAGAAUUCUGAAUUUUUCAGUGGAGCAGCCUGAGGGACAGUUUGUGUUUAUAUGGUUUGCUUACUGUGUGGUAGCUGAUUUGCAGCUGAAUAUACAAAUGUCUUCAUUCUGCUUCACUGAAGAGCAUGGAUGUGCACUGGUUAUACAUUAUGAGAAAAGUGGAACUAAAUCCAAACAUGUCCUUCCACUGGCACAGCUUCUUGUGCAAGCUCUUGCACAGAUGGAAGCAUGUAAACUGCUGUAGGACCUACACUGGGCAGAUGCUGGCUCAAGAUCAGUGUAAGUGAUUUUUUCCCCUACUAUAUUCUUUGGAAUCAAUCCAUAUGUUUGAAGUGAUAUAAAGAAUGGCUCAUAGCUGGGGUGUUAUAUCUGUGAUGUUGGCCCAUUCAUGCAAUCAGUUGGCAUGUCAUUCUUGCAAGUGAUGAGUGAGCUCCUGAAAACUAAUUCAUAAAAUUAUAAUUAUCAGACAUAGUGUGACUCCCAUAAGGACCUCCUACAACAGCAUACAGAUGGAAAUGUAAGGGUCAUAAUGGUAUGGACACUUUUCUCCUCCAAAUUCCAUGAAGAGCAACAUUCCAAAUUCUUGUUUUGGGGUUUACAUAAUUAUCUAGCAGCAAAUUGCAUAUAGUAGAUAUUCACAAGGCAAUUUGCAGGAUCAGCCCUGACUUGUGAAAUGACACUUUUAUAACUUAAAAAAAAGCCAAAUGUCCAGAACAAAUUUUCACAUAUUCUUCAGGGCUGGGUAUGUUCUUAAUAUAACAAUUCUAUAUAUGUUUUCCCCCCCAAAGUACGUUUUUUUGUGAAAUCUGCCUUAAGAGGCUCUCUUCAUACUGUUUGUGAGUUCAUAACUGACACUGGAAACAGUGCUUUUUAAUUUCAGUUUAAUGAGGGUGCCCUCAUAUUUAAGGAUUAUUGCUGCUUUUGUAAAUUGCAUCUUUACAUUUUGCUGCAAUCAACUUAAAACAAUUUUAUAUAUUAGGAAUGAUUUUGCUAAAAGAUGGACUUUUUAAAAAAGAAAAUAAGCUUCAGUGUGCCAUCAGUACUUAAUCAUAAAUGGAAACAAAAUUGGAGCCUCUGUUUUUGUAUAAUAUUUAAUACUGAUCCAUUGACUAUUUCUUGUGGAACCUUUGCUAAUAUUCCCUAUACUCCUAAAGACCCUGUAAAUCAUACCACCACAAACAAUUAUGUACUGUAUUUAAAUUUUAAUAAUGCAUUUGGCCAAUCAAAAGUAUUUUGAUUCAUGUACAUAUUAGCAGUUAUUAGUUGACCUUUAAAAAUGCACCUUGACAAUGGUGUCUUUAUAGUAGAAACAAAUGUAGUCGUAUAGUGUCAUUUAUUGCAGUUUUGUACAGUACUUGAGUAUAGUGCAUAACCUAGAUAUUGCAAAGUUUAUCAACACUGUAUAAAUAUUUCUAAAACAAAUUCAAAAUUACCUUAAGGCGUGGAAACUCACUCAUACUCAAAUCAAAAUAUAUUAUUACUUGUUUAUUUAUUUUCCUCUUUUUUUAAAAAAAGUUUCAUUCAGUGUGAUUUUGGUCUUUGCUCUGCAUGAAAAAUAUUGAUGGCAAGGUCACAAAUCCAUUCUAAUGAUUAGAACACAGAAAUAAGACUGGUAUUCUGACAUCAAAUAAGGUACUUCAUACAACACAAAAAGAAGGAUGAAACAUUACUGCCCCAUGCUAUAGUCCUUUAACCCCUCUGACAAAACCAUACUUGUUCUGCAACAAUAGUUGGAAAAAUGAGCACUUUAUUUGAAACAUUAAUAUAGAAAAUCCUUAUUUUCAUACCUAUUUAUAUAUAAUGUAGAUCUGUGUAAUACAGAAAUGUGUGCAAUAGCGUGAUAAAGUUGUAUGAGGUUUGAAGGUGAGCAAUAAAAAAGUUCUUCAUGGUAUAGUUAUAAAUAUCUAAAAUGUUUUGUUUGUAAAUUUUAAAUUUACCCUUUACUGCUAUACUGUCCAGGUUCUAAGAAAUAUAUAAAUAUGUAUAUAUGUAAAACAGUUGUAAAUACCAGUACUGUAGAAAGUUUUCUUAAGUUUUAUCUUUGUUUUUGGCAAAGGGCUCUGAAAGUGUAAUUUUAAUGCAAAGCUCAUUUCAUUGGCUCUUGACUUAUUCUGUUCAAAUGUUACCUUUGGGUAGAAUUCUUAACUGGGCAUAAAAAAAGCUCCCUGCUGCUUCUUUUCUAGAGUGAACAUGAUAUCAUAUCGAAAGUCUAUUUUUCUGGCUUUAUAGUUUCAAAGCCCCAAUUCCAUUCAAUAAUAGAUAAGGUGGUUUGAGCAACGUUAUAUUAAAUAUAUAACACAGGCCCUUCUCCCCACUCUGCAGGGCACAAGACAUUUAGAGCUGUGUCCUGUACUGAGUGAUAUUGUAGGAAAUUAAUACGUUGCUGGUAUGUGGGAUACAGCUCCCUUACUGCAAACUGUUGUGCAUGGUCAUCUCUUGUUAAUUUUCACAGGAGCUGACAGCUCUUAGCACUACACAGGACUGGUGCUCUAAAUCAGUGGUUCUUAACCUUUGUUACUCAGAUGUUUUUGAACUGCAACUCCCAGAAACCCCAGCC